AUGCCUACUCUCAAAGCUCCUGCUGGUCACUUCACCAUCCUCUAUUUCGCAUCUGCAAGUUCAUACACAUCCAAGAACAAUGAAAGUUUGCCUGCCCCCUUACCACUUUCGAAGCUGUUCGACACACUCGACGAGAAGUAUAAUGGGAUGAAGGCCAAGGUGCUAGCGAGCUGUCUUGUCACUGUCAAUCUCGAAUAUGUCGAUAUUCCCGAGGACUGUGCGAGCGAACCUGUCAUAAAAGAGGGCGAUGAGGUUGCUAUCAUCCCGCCUACCUUGGUGGGCCGACUUGACCUCAAUAUAUCAGCCCUAGGCCUCUCAUUUGCCUCCACCGAUGUCCCUCGCCGACGCUUCUUCAUUGCAAACCAGCAGUGGUAUCCUUGGUUGAGGGAGGCAUGCGGAUGUGGGGAUAGAUCAGAGGCCAGACAGAUCUGGGUGAAAGCAAUGAGAAGAUCCGAAUGCAAGGAUCCGAGCUGGCAGAUGUAG